CUAGGUGCUGCUAUGUGAAUGUCCGCGAUGUGCGAGUGGAGUUACAUGCCUUCCCAGCCUCAGAGCUGGUACUACCCCCAGUUCACGCACCAGGUCCACCAGAUGGACUACAACUACCUGCACUGUUCCGAGUACUACACCGCCGCCAGCACUUCAAGCCGCCAGCAGCGCAACCAAGCAGAGAAGAACAGGCGAGACAAGUUAAACCAAUCCAUUAGUACGCUUGCAUCCCUUGUUGUGCCGUACACCUCCUCCGGCAAGAAAGUCGACAAGACUUCGGUUCUCCGCCUCAGCGCCAACUUCUUGAUGAGGCAUAUGCAUCUGAAGGAGAAUGAGCAACUUGCCGUACCAAGCGAAUGGUGUCAAAAGCUGCUGGAUGAAUUGCAGGGAAUGUUACUGGUUGUAUCGUCUUCCGGGAAAAUAAUCUUUUGGUCUGAAAACGUCGAGUCUUUUCUUGGACAUCAGCAGAAUGAUCUUCUCGGCCAAUCCUUGUUUGACAUCACCCACAAAGAUGACAAAAUGGAACUGGAGCAGAACCUCAAGCCCACUAACGGCAAUGAUACCAUUAUCAGGAAAGGAGAAGCGACCUGCCGGCCGGAGAGGAGGAGUUUCUUCUUGAGGCUCAAGCAGCGGCCGGCUUCCAAGAGCGAUCAACCUCAGUACGAAGUAUUCCACGUGGAGGGCCAUAUCCGCUACAGGAAGCAGCAGCAGAGCAAGAUCAAAAAUGAGAAUGGAGUUAUUACAAAUGAAUCUGUAUUUGUUGCUUUUGUGAGAAGUCAUAAGCAGAGGAAUGUUAACGACAAUUCUCUAUUUGAAGCUUUGAAAGAAGAAUGGGUUACUCGGCAUUUGUUGGAUGGAACUAUCAUCUUUUCUGAUCAUAGGAUUUCAUACUUAUCUGGAUAUUUGUCAGAAGAAGUUACGGGAAAUCUUGCUUUUACCUAUAUGCAUCAAGAUGAUGUACGGUGGGUAAUGAUUGCGCUAAGAAAAAUGUACAGCCAUAAUGAAAGCUAUGGUUGGAGCUGUUAUCGUUUACAAAGUAAGAAUGGAGAUUAUAUUUAUCUCAAAACUCAUGGAUUUUUAGAAAAAGAUGGAAAAGGACAUAUUCAGUCCUUUAUUUGUAUUAACACUCUUGUCACCCCUGAAGAUGGUGAAAAAUAUAUUGCUGAAAUGAAAUCAAUUUAUACACCAAUGAUUUAUAAAUCAGAAUUGGCAGAACCAGCUGUUACAGCUCUUGUUGAAACCAGCAUGAAUGGAAGUCCCGUUUCCACAAACGACAUUGAAGAACUUCCAUUGACACCAAAUCCUAAAGGGAUCAAGCUGGCUGUUGAACUUAUGCUAUCAGGCUUACCUCCUGAUAUUCGCCAAGAUACUUCUGUCACUUGUGAAGCUAAAACAAAAAGGCCUUCUCAGGAUAUACCUUCUGUUGAGGUUCUGAAUCAAGACCUAGGGGUGAAAAUGUCUAAUUUGGCUGGGAAAUAUGAUCGUCCUUCAGUUAUAAAAUCAGUUUCUGCCACUGAAAGAAUGAAACGUAGUCCAGAAAGUGUUGAGGAAACUGAAGCAAAGCGACAUAGAGGAAAUAUAAGUGUCAUUGUUAAUGACCCAAGGAGUCAACUCGACACUUAUUCACUCGAUACCAACUUUUUCUUCAGUACAGAUAUAUUGGAUAGUGCUAGCACCAGCUUUUUACAAUUUUCAGAUGAUGAUCCACUGAGGAUUCCUGAUGGCACAUCCUCUGACCUAUGGGAUGCUCCAGAUUCAGACCUCGAAGAUGGAGUCCUUCGAGGGCAUUUACAUCUGGAAAACAGAAUACAAUCGCAAGGGGUUCAAAUUCAGAAAAUUGAAGAAGACUUGCAAACAGUUCCCCUUACUAGUUCUCAUGUGUAUCAGAAUCAAUUUACACAUCUCAAGGCAGAACAUCAAAGGCAGCAGGAACUUUUGAAAAACUUACAGCAAGAUCAUCAACGCCAGCAAACUACUAAGGAACAUAUUUCAUUAAGGGGAGCAGAACAAAAUAUUGGAGUGUAAGACAGUUUUAUCAAUACAUUUCAUGCUCAAUUUGCCUAAUAGGUACAGCUGAUAUGUACCUAAUUACUGGUAUUUAGCCAGGAACCACCUUGAGAAACUAAAAAUGUUCCCUCAACAUGGCUGUUGGUAUUAUUUGUUAUUUUUCUAGAAGUUUUAUGUUGGUUUUUAUUUUUAUCCAAACAAAAAAAAAAAAGAAUUGUUAUUAACCAAAAUAUUGGUUAAUUUUUUUUUUCAAUUUUAGUACAAACAUUUUAAAAUAGUUUUUAAAGUCUUAGUAUCAAUUCUUUUCUCAACAUUUUCAUGAAUAUCCUUCAAAUGGAAUUUGUUAUUUCACGCUUUUUUGGAGCAAUACUGUUUAUGUCAUUUAUUGGAUCAAAACUAAUUGAAAUACUAAAAUGUGACAACAAAAUUUUAAAAAAGUAUUGUACUUAUGUAAAAAAUGAAAUCAGGAAUGUACAAGUAUUUAGAUAGUCAUUAAUUUUAAAACUAUUUUUACUUUUUUCUACAUGUGAACCUAAUAGUAAUAUAAUGAUAAUAAAAGAAAACAUUGUACAUACAAGCAAUCGUAAUCAAACUAAUAUUAAUAUUUUUAAUAAUUUCAUAUUUUUGUGAAUUUUGUUAUAAAAUAUUUUAUAAGCAGGGCUUUAAUCGUAAGAGAUAUUUUAUUAAUGCAUAUAAUUAAAUGAAUACAUAAAGGUGUAUUCUUAUUUUUAAUGUAGUAUAUUUUUUUCAAUUUUUUCAUUAAAAAAAAAUAUAAAAAUGCUCAAUAAACUUUAUUUGAAACCAUAGAGGACUGGGAUAUGUUGGGUAUCGUCUUAGAUUGUAUGGAAUGCAUAAAUAAAAAUAUUCAUGGCAGCUCUGUCAUGUCAGACUGAAAUGUCAUUUUUGUGCCCUUAAUAAAGGCUGACAAAGAGUACAGACUGUAUAGCUAAAAUUAGAUUUACUGUGGUUACAAGUUUGAAUUUUGAUAAAUUUUAUAAUAGCUUUAUGUUGAUACGAUUGCUUAAAUUUAAUUUUUAAGGAGGUUCUUAACUAAUAUAUAUCUAUAUUUAUAAUAUAAUGAAGAUUAGAUAUUUUAUUUGUAUUUGAUAAAUCAUACCUUAGCAGGUUCUGGAGGGUUAGAGUUUCAUUUUUGUUUGUUAUACUUCAAAUAUUAACAUAUAUAAGUUAACAUUCAAUGUUACCCCUAUUAUGUUUGUUUUAGAGGUCUUUUAUUCUUUUAUUCUAUUUUUUUUUUAUUGUGAUUA